AUGUCGCGCGCAAAUCAGUGGUUCGUGCCCGGCGACGGUAUUGCGAGAGAAGUAAUCACGGCCGACAUCCAGCGCUAUUUGGGCCCAGAUGCGCUCGUCAGGCCUGGCACCGGCACCGGAGAGUACCAGGGCCAACCAGGCUACUGGAUAACAGCAUACCGCACUCUGACUUCGCAAAUGAUUCAGGACUUGAAGAUGGAUUCGCAACGUUGGCAGCAGGAGCGCCAGCCUGGCGAGACGGGACGUGGAGUCGCUUACCAGGACUCGCGCACACAUGCUGCUCGCCAGCAUUGGGGUCCAACAAAACCGUAUGAACACGGCGCGCCGCAUGCGGCCGCGGAUCCCUAUGAUCAGCCUCCUCGUCAGUCGUCGACGUCGUCUAGAGCGACGACGUAUUCGUCUUCUGGCUAUGCUAGCAGUGACCCCCACUACACCACCACCCCAACCACGUAUGGAGCUUCACAUCCGGGCUACCAGGCCGCAUCCGCUGCACCCAGGACUCAGCCAGCGGACCCAUACUCAUCUUCUUACCAGCAACCCAGUGGAAGGGAAUACCCCGCCCAGGCUGGCUACUCUUCUUACCCCGCGCAGACCACAGAUCCCUACGGACGACAGACGGCACCUCCCACGCCCCAAUAUGCUGCUCCAAGAAUAUCCAUUAUCGCAACAGCCGCAAUCGUCGCGCAAUCAACCCUCGGGCACCUCUAG